AUGAGUAGGGCGCAAGCUCCAAAUAUAAAUAAUAUAAAAAAUUAUGGUAAUGGUAUAUUGAUUAAACAAGCUAAAAAUAAAAAAUUUUUUUUAGCUUUUUGUAUAGAGUAUAAUAGAUACUUAAAAUGCCUAGAUAAUCAUGAUAUUAGUUGAUUUGAGACAUAUCUACCUAUCCAAAUGGAUGCUACAUGUAAUGGAUUUCAGCAUUUAUCUUUAUUAAGUUUAGACUCAAAAUUAGGUCAAGAAUUAAAUUUAAAUGAAUCUACUUGGGAUGAUAAACCUAAAGAUUUUUAUUCAUUCGUAGUUUUUGUUUUAUCGAUUAUUUAA